AAAAUGGCUGUUUAGCAAGCAGGUUGAAAACAAGUUGCUGUAGAUUACUAGAUAGAGUGAAAAUAGUAAUUUUAUAGACAUCGUUGUGUCAUACCGAGCACAAUGAACAGGCAUCAAGUGCUGACUGGAGCCGCGAACCGAGGAGAUCAUACCUUUGCAGUUGGCAGCAUUGACGGCGUAAAUUUCACCGCAUACGCUGCUGGAUGUGACAUUGUGAUACUAGCUAGUGAUUUUCAACGAGUGCAAAUCAUACCUGGGGCUACUCAUGGAUAUAUUGAAGUUGGCUGUAUAGACUGCUCCACCGACUUUGGAAAGAUUGCAGCAUCGUACGGAAACACGGUGUGUAUAUUUGAGCCCACACCACUGGUACAUCACGACUCUCCACAUGUAAGUGAACUUAUAUAUAAUUGCCCACAUUUUCAGUAGAGUG